AAAUCAAGUUUUUUCUCAAAUCAGAUCGAUCAAAUUAGCUUUUAAUACCUUUAAAUUAGAAUACGAAGUUAAAUUUUGAAUAUAUUUUUUUUUCUUUGAAAAUAUGGAAUCCUUAAAAAUGUGAAGCAAAUUUCAUUUACAUUUCUUAAAAUCUUUCCACUUCCACAUGAAGUUAAAACAAACAUGUACUCAACUCACUUACUCGAUUCCACCAAAGCGGUAGAAACACAGUAACAGUGCCAUUAUCUCUUUUUUUACUGUUUUGCAUUUUCAGGUUUAGAAGCACUAAACCCAUGACUUUUCUUGGGCUUAGUUUUUUUGAUUGAUAGAUUGUGUUUUUCUUCACUCUUUGACUCCCUUAAUCCCCAUUACCCAACACUCUCCUUGGAAAUUUAAUUUACCCCUCCACCAUUUCCUCUUCUUCUUCCUUUCUUCCUUCCUUAAAAACAGAGCAAAAGAAAAAAAAAGAAAAAAACAGAGCGUUACAUUAAAUAGAAGAACCUUCCGUUUUUUACUCCUAGAAAUCUUUCCCACAUUCACUUUUUUUUUUGGGUUUUUUUUUUUUUUUAUAAAAAAUAAAAAGGGUAAAUAAUAUAGUAUGACAAUGGGUGAAAAUGGAGGAAAAGAGGGAGAAAUUCAUCUUCCAGGUGGGAGUUUUUCAAGGCUACUUUUGUCAUUAGAAGAUGUUGAAGAAAAGGGCUUUUCUGUUGAUUCCCCUGUUUCUCCUACUCUGUUUUCUUCUAAUACUCCUAAUAUGCUCUGUUUUGGUGACUUUAUUUCUAAAACUACUCCUAAAUUUUCUCUUACUACUGCCAAUACUAAUAAUCUCACUCCCUCCAACUCCAAUAAAAGAAGAAAUGAGCCGGUUAAAGAAUCUGGAAAUGGGUCUACAAAUGGUCAGAAUCAGAAAAAUGGGGUGAAGAAGAAUAAAACAGAAAUGGGCCCCAUUGUUACAUCUUCUCCUAGACAUGUAAAGGGAAAAAGAGAGAAACUUGGUGAGAGGAUUGCUGUAUUGCAGCAGCUUGUAUCUCCUUAUGGCAAGACAGACACAUCUUCGGUGUUACAUGAAGCAAUGGGGUACAUAAGGUUUCUACACGAUCAAGUGAAGGUGCUUUCUACACCUUACUUGAAGCUUUCGCCUUCGUCGUCUCAUCACUCCAAAUUUGAAAAGGGUGGACCGAGUGCAAUGGAGAUGGAUUCAAUGGAGGGUCUAAGUAGCAGAGGACUAUGCUUGGUUCCAUUGGAAUGCAUCCUCCACGUCGCAAACAACAAUGGUGCCGAUUUCUGGUCAUCUGCUACUAUAACUUCACCAGGGCCAGGCCUUGAAAUCUAGUAGUCAUCUAAGUAUAGUCCAAGUAGUAAUUACUUUGUUUUUGUGAAUUUAAGUAGCUAAAUGAAGAAGUAGUGUAAAGUUUUUGCUCAAAGGAAGAAGAAUUUUGUCUUCUUUUACCUAAUGAAGGGGGCAAGUGUUUUGGGUGCCAAGGGAUAAGAUGGUAUAGAUUGUUAAUGAACUUGGGACUUAUAGCUAGUUGAAGGGUACGUAUAUAAGAAAAUAUUUUUACAUCUGAAUAUCUAGUACGUAGUACAUUAUUUUGCAUCUCUUUGUAGUGUGGACUGUGGAGUAGUGCAACUCAAUUAGUAAAGUCUUCUUUUGAUCCUAAAACAAAGGUUCGAUACAUGCACUUUGUACACAUUAUUGAACUC